AUGUCCAGCUCCGUCGACGAGAAAGGUGGCGGCUCAAACGGCCCUGAUAAUGAUUCUAUCUCCGUGUACGAACGACCAAAGGGCUUGCGUGGUGUUUACUAUCACCCCAUAACGCAAAUCGUUAUGCUUGCUUUUGUCUGCUUCUUAUGCCCUGGGAUGUUUAACGCCCUCACUGGACUCGGCGGAGGCGGCCAAGUCAACCCAACGACUUCUGCAAAUUCGACUUGUGCGGUAUACGCGACAUAUGCGUUUUUCGGGUUCUUCGCUGGAACCGUCAACAACAAGAUCGGCGCUAAGCGCACUCUGCUCUUUGGAUCAUUGGGCUAUGCGCUCUAUGUCGGUUCUUAUCUGCAACCCAGCGCAAUCAAUAUCCACCCUGACGCUGGCUGGUUUGUUGUUACCUCUGGAGCCCUUCUCGGUGUCACUGCUGCGUUCCUGUGGACCGCUCAAGGCUCAAUAAUGCUAAGCUACUGUACUGAAGCGCAGAAGGGCAUCUUUAUCAGUAUAUUCUGGGCCAUUUUUAACUUGGGAGCAGUCGUAGGAGCUGCCGUGUCCUUCGGGCAGAAUAUCCACUCAACGGUCGGAAUCCUGGUUCUCACAAUACUUGGGGUGACGAUCCCUCUUCUGAUGGCCGAUCCCGAUAAAAUGAUCCGCACAGACGGUACGAGGGUCGUGAUGCCUCGCCUUCCGUCAUGGAAGUCCGAAUUUUAUGGUUUAUGGGUUGCGAUCAUCACUGACCCUAUGAUCCUCUUGCUCUUCCCGAUGUUCUUUGCGAGUAAUUACUUUUACACGUGGCAGUUCAACGAUUACAACUCAGCACUGUUUAAUAUCCGCGCGAGGUCUCUCAAUAAUUUCAUGUACUGGCUUUCGCAGAUCAUUGGCAGCGGAAUGAUCGGUGUCGUCCUAGACUCCAAGAGGCUACGGAGACGUGCGCGCGCGUUUGUUGGGUGGGGUAUUCUACUGGCGAUGACAUUCACAGUGCACAUCUGGGCUUAUUAUUACCAACGGACGUACACCCGCGCUUCUGUCCUCGCAGACUCGCAGAAGAUGGAUAUUUACGACGCGGGUUACCCAGCGCAUGUCUGGCUUAUGAUAUUCUAUGGAUUGCUGGACGCAAUGUGGCAGACGACGAGCUUCUGGCUCAUCGGUGCAAUGAGCAAUGAUACGAACAAACUGGCUAUCUACGCCGGGUUUUACCACUCCAUUCAGAGCGCUGGAGCUGCUGGCGUGUGGCGGAUGGAUGCAAUAGGGCUUCCCUACAUGAACAUCUUCCUCUCUACGUGGUGUCUAGUUGUCGCUGGUCUUGUGUUCUCUUUCCCAAUGAUCUACCUGCGCAUCAGAGAUACAACUGUGCUCGAAGAUGAAGGCUUAAUGAAGAGAGAUCAGGAGAUGAAUAAUAUGAAGGCAAAAGGGAUGAUCGAGAGCGGGAACGAGAUGUCAUGA